CAGCUCUCAGUAUCAGCCCAGUGGCUCCCUGCCAUUGGCUCAGUGCAAUGGACCGGCAACGCCGCUCACUAUAAUAACACUCAUGCCUGCGCGCAGCAGCAACUCCGAGUGCGGACGCCGUGCGCGGGGGAUGCUGCUGCCACCGCCGCUGCUGCCUCCCGGGCGGCUCCCGCUGUCCGGCUCCGUUCGGCCGUCACGCCGGCACUGACUCGAGCUCGCUCGGUCCUACUUGCCGGUCUGUCUCCGAGCCCGGGAUACUCCCGUGGGCUCAUCGUCCCAAAGCGAAUUAGGAGAGAAACACAGAAAGAGAAAGCGAGAGACCAAGCGGAGCGGCGGGAGGAUGCGGAGGCGGGAGAGCCUCAGAGCGCGCGGCGGAGGGGUGUAGUGAGCCGGCCCCGGAGGUCGGGCGAGAGUGGCGGCGGUUUGACCUCCUGGCUGGUCCCAGCCUGCGGUUCCCUGGCACCGGCGCGCUGCGGCUGCGGGCGCCGGGUGCAUGGAAGCGGCGACUGCGGUGGAGGAGGCGGCGGCUGCCUCAUGGAGUGUUACUACAUUGUCAUCAGCUCCACGCAUCUCAGCAACGGACACUUUCGCAACAUCAAGGGAGUUUUCCGGGGCCCUCUCAGCAAGAACGGCAACAAAACUCUGGACUACGCUGAGAAGGAGAACACCAUAGCAAAAGCACUGGAGGACCUGAAGGCCAAUUUCUACUGUGAACUCUGUGACAAGCAGUACUACAAGCAUCAGGAGUUUGACAAUCACAUAAAUUCAUACGACCAUGCUCACAAGCAGAGGCUCAAAGAACUGAAACAAAGGGAAUUUGCUCGAAAUGUAGCAUCUAAAUCCAGAAAAGAUGAAAGAAAACAAGAAAAAGCACUCCAACGCCUGCACAAGCUGGCUGAGUUAAGAAAGGAAACUGUAUGUGCUCCUGGCAGUGGCCCCAUGUUCAAGUCAACAACCGUUACCGUGAGAGAAAAUUUUAACGAAAUUUCACAAAGUGUUGUUGUGGGUUCAGUUAACAACCAGGAAGAUUUCAAAUAUACUUUGAUUCAUAGUGAAGAGAAUACUAAAGAUGUUACCGCCAUUGAUGCAGAUCCAGAAAACACACGUACUUAUACAGCAAAAAACACUCAGCUUGGAGAGCAAGCCCUGGGAAUUCACAGGCACAAAAUCGGCUUUUCUUUUGCAUUUCCAAAGAAAGCAUCAGUGAAGCUGGAGUCCUCAGCUGCAGCAUUCUCUGAAUACAAUGAUGAUGGCUCUGUGGAAAAAGGAUUUAGCAGAAAAAGUAGAUUUGUCCCUGGUGCUUGUCAUCUUCAACUAUCUUCACCAACAGAUGUGCUUUUGAGUUCUGAGGAGAAAACUCACUCUUUUCAUCUCCCAGAGGGAAUGUGCACUGACAAAGAAGAAACUUCUCAAACUCAAGAGAUGAAAGAAGAGUCUUGUAAAAAAGAUACAUUAUUAUCAUCUUCAUUUUGCCAGCUUCAACUCCCUUUAUCUUCUGGUGCAGAUAAUUGCCAAAAUUCACUGCCGUUAGCAGAUCAGAUACCACAGGAAGAUAUUAUUAAUGAUGACACCCCUAUGAAUGGGAAUAGUUCUGAGUUGUUAGGAAAUAGAUCCACGGUUCUUGAUAUGCCUAAAGAUUGCUUAUCUUUGCAACCUAAUACAGAGGAAACUGGUAAGAACAAUGAUGCAUCCACAAUUGAAAGUGAAAGUAAAAAUCAUGGUCCUGAGAUUUUCGCUUCUUCAAAUACUGAGGAGGACAAUAUAAACUUACAGAAAAAAACAGAUUUAUAUAAAAGACAAUGUGAUCCAUUUGUACCUGUGCUCAACAAGCAUGGAUCCACAGUUCUUCAGUGGCCAUCAGAAAUGUUGAUUUACACAACUACCAAACCAUCAAUUUCCUAUAGUUGUAAUCCUCUCUGUUUCGACUUCAAGUCCACUAAAUUAAGCAACAAUCAAGAUAAAAAUAAACUGUUCUUAAAUGAUCUUUAUUCACAGCAGAAGGGAGAGGCCAUUUGUAAGAGACCAAUAUCAGAUUGCAAGGACACAUGUGUUGCAGGACCCACUGAUUCUGAAAUUGGAGGUAACAAUAAUGAAUAUACCCAAGUCACUCUUUUAGCCGAUGUUACUCUCUCUAAGAGUUGUGAUUCUGAAAAGAAUGAGAAUAAAGAUCUGAGGUUCAAAAAUAUUUCCUAUAGGAUCAGGAAAACAGAAAAACAUAAUUUUACAAAAAAUCUAAUAAAACAGGACACUCUAGAUGAAAAAUACAAUAAAAUCAGGUUGAAAGAUACUCAUGAACACUGGUUUCAUAAAAGUAGAAGAAAGAAAAAAAGAAGAAAAUUCUGUCGGCAUCAUCAUGGGGAGAAAACUAAAGAAUCAGAAUCUCAUUUCAAAAUGGAAACAGACUAUAGUUACACUGAUACAACAAGGGAAAAUUUACUGGAAACAAUUUCAGGAAAACAGUAUUCAGCUGCAGAGCAAUUAUUAGAAUCACAUCAAUUACCUGAUAAAAAGCCCAAAUCAGCAUCUAAAUACCUAAGUGAAAAUGAAGAGAUUUGUCAAACCUGGAACACUAAAUACAAAAAUAAUGAUAUCAGUUCCAAAAACCACUAUAGAAGUAGACAAUCAAAUCCAACAAUGAUACAUUCUGGGAAGCAUAAUUUAACAUACUCCAGAACUUUCUGUAGUUGGAAAGCCAAAAAGUCAAGCUGCAGCCAGGAUCACAAAUGUUUGGUUCUUGAAAGUAAUGUGAAAUGCAUCAGUCAGAAUCAGGCUAUUAAAAGAGGUUAUAAUUCUCUCAUCAAUGAAUCAGAAAGGGUCCAUCGAAAACGCAGACAAAAUUCAUAUUCUUAUUCUUCAGAUGAAAAUUUAAAUCGACAGAAUUAUUUACCAGAAGAAGUUUUGAGGCCAUCAAGUACUUCAUUUGCUCCCUCUAAGCCUAAAAAGAAACGGAAGAGAAAAAGAAGCAGAUUCCACACUGGAUUUGAAACUUUGGAACUCAAAGAGAAUAAUGAUUAUUGUAUGAAAGGCAGUUCUUCUUUAAGUAACCUGGAUGAGUUAAUAAGUAAAGAUGAAAAAGAGGAGAUAAAACCACAAGAAGUUACAAAGACUGAAGAGAACUCAGAACAAACGGACCAAGUAGAAAACAAACUGACUUUGCACUCUAGCAAUCCCCUUCCUUCUGAAAACAAUGGUGAAACUGAGAGUUUAGUAAUGGAGACCACUUCUGGUGAAUUUUCAGAGGUUUCCAAUGACCCCACCACAUCUGUCCAUGUAGCUAGUGUUCCACGACAAGUGGCAAUUGAUAAUACCUUGCUUGAAAACAAAGAAAGAUGUGAGACUAUAAAUAUUAAUGAAAAGCAAAUUCCCUUUAAGAUGCCCAACAUUGAAAAGAACUUUAGACCCUCACAGCCUAAAUCUUACCUUUGUCAUUAUGAACUGGCUGAGGCCCUUCCACAAGGAAAGAUGAAUGAGGCAUCAACAGAGUGGCUGCGGUAUAAUCCAGGAAUCCUUAACACACAACCACCAUUACCAUUCAAAGAAGCACAUGUCAGUGGUCAUACCUUUGUAACAACUGAGCAAAUCCUGGCUCCUUUAGCUUUGCCAGAACAAACGUUAUUGAUCCCGCUAGAAAAUCAUGACAAAUUCAAAGAUUUACCACGUGAGGCGUACCAGCACAUCAUACAGCCCAACAUGCUGGCCAACAAAGUCAAAUUUACCUUUCCUCCAGCUGCCCUUCCACUCCCUAGCACACCUCUGCAGCCUUUGCCUUUGCAGCAGCCCCUGUGUUCUACCUCUAUAACCACCAUCCACCACACUGUUUUGCAACAGCAUGCUGCAGCUGCUGCAGCCGCAGCAGCAGCUGCAGCCGCAGGAACCUUUAAAGUGCUUCAGCCACACCAACAGUUUCUUUCCCAAGUUCCAGCUCUCACCAGAACAUCGUUACCUCAGAUCUCAGUAGGACCGAGGCUUUGUCCUGGGAACCACCCAACUCUUGUCGCUCCUCCUCAGAUGUCAAUCAUCCCAGCUUCAGUUCUUCAUCCUAGCCAUCUGGCUUUCCCACCUUUACCCCAUGCACUCUUCCCUUCACUGCUUUCCCCACAUCCUACUGUCAUCCCUCUGCAACCCCUCUUCUAGUCAUCACCAUAAAGGGGAAAGGGAAAACCCAUACGAAGACUGUUAUUAUAUGCAUAAAGUGUUCAUCUAAGUGGACAAAUGGCUCUUUAAAUGGUGGAAAGAAACUGGCCCAAAUAUGGCCUUUUUGAUUUUGAGAUCAUUUACUGUAAGUGUAAUGAUGCAAAUAUAUUCUUAAGUUUCAGAUAUAAAAUAUUAUUAAAGCACUGAAUAGUUUGAAAAUCAAUACAAUAUAUGCUGUAUAUUAAAAAGUCUUAAGAGUAUUAUAAUAUACAUAAAAUAUAUUUAUAGUACUGUAAUUUAUGUUGUAAAGUAUGCUUUUUGGUUUUUUAAUCUUUGUGUAUUUGCACCUAUUUAAUGUUUAGACAAAGCUGAUGGCACUAUGUUUUGUACCAUGUUCCUUGAAACUGUAAAUUCCGUGAAAAAUAUCUCUUGCAAUAAAUUUUUGUUAACGAUUUAAGUAAAUCAAACUUUUGUUUUUAGUUGGUUUUCCCUGUUUUAUGAAUUUUCAGUAACAGUAGGCCUUGGAUUUAUCUUGUUUCCUUUGUCCAGU